AUGGCCGCUAGUGCCUCCGCCGCCGAGGACACUCCCGGGGGUGGUGUCGUUGUUGGUGUAGAGCCUACCCCCUGCUCGUUGAGGAGCGCUUGUCGCCUUUCCCGCCUCUUCGCGGAAUCUCGAGCUCCAGAGAGGAAGAGGUGUGAGGAAGUGCACAUCUUUGGAGUAGAGCUGCUGGCUAAGGUAGAUCACCACCUGGUGCAUGUCCUCCGCAAGCGUGUUCUGCUUGCCGCGACCGAACCACCACCGUCGCUGCCGCCUCCUCCACCACCACCGCCACUAUCACCUCCUCCAGCACCGGCGCCGCCUCCACCACCACCGCCGCUGCCGCCUCCAGAAAUGCAGGGGCCUAUUCAGCCACGCCCCCGGCACGUCAGCCACCAGGCAAUCCUCGUUUCACCUCGCAGCUUGUUUUGGGUCGCCGGUGUGGGGGAGCGGGUCGCCGAUGCAGCCGUCACCGCCAGGGGAGGGGAGCUCGGGGGUGGGCUUCCAGCCGUCGCCGGUGCGGGGGAGCUGGUCGCCGGUGCAGCCGUCACCGCCAGGGGAUAG